AUGGAGAUACGAGAUAUAAAGGAGCUUGAAUGGCCGAGGCCCAUGGCAACGCCACCCGGUAAGAGAAACCAAGGCAGAUACUGUCAUUUUCACAAGGAUCACGGGCACGAUACGAAAGAGUGCCAACAGCUGAAGGACGAGAUCAAGCGCCUCUUUAGACGAGGGCUCUUGGGCAAAAAUGUAAAGGACAACCGGGGUAAACAAAAAGUGGAGGACUACCUCCCACCUAGGGCGGGAGUGAUAAAUGUGAUUGCAGAGGGGAUAGCAGGAGGUGGAGAUUCAAACUCGGCAAGAAAAAGAUACGCACAAUCUCUUGGGAUUUGUUCCAUCCAAAGAAAAGUGAGGUUUAGUCAGAACAUCACUUUUGAUGAGGAGGAUUUGGUAGGUGUAGCACACCACCAUGACGAUGACUCGGUGAUAGUAGGCUACAUAGCUGAUUUCGACGUGAAGAUAGGCUUUGGAAGGGCCACGGUAAUUCCAGAAGGGACCGUGGAACUCCCUGUAACGCUCGGUAUAUAUCCCACCGCUAUGGUAAUUGUGGUAAGUUUCUUAGUUGUAAAAACUCUCAUGGCCUAUAAUGCGAUCUACGGUCGGCCAUUGCUGAACGUAACUGGAGCCAUUCUCUCGACCUAUCAACAGGUCAUGAAAUUCCCAACCAGUAGGGGAAUCGGGUGUUUGCGAGGGGACCAGGAAGCAUCCAAGAAAUGCUAUGUCGACAAUAUACUAGUGAAGGGAAUACAAUAUACCAGUGAAGGGAAUACCAUCGAUUAUGAUGUUGGAGGUCGAACCUCCGAAGGGGAGGAUCGAACCACUUGA